ACCGGCUUGUGCGUCCCUGGAGCGCGCUAUAAAACCUGCGCGGGUGGCGCUUGCUGCUCAGCCAGACCUGGGUGAAGGGGCAGUCCCAAUCUCCAGCCCGAGACAGCCUUAGCAUGCAGAGCAUGCAGAACAUGAGCGUCUUUCUGCGAAAGCGAUGCCUCUGCCUAGGCUUCCUGCUCUUCUAUCUCUUAAGUCAAGUUUCUGCAACUCAGCGCUGCCCGACCCCGUGCCCACUGCAGUGCCCCACGACACCGCCUACCUGUGCCCCCGGGGUGCGCUCGGUGCUGGACGGCUGCUCCUGCUGUCUGGUGUGCGCCCGUCAGCGCGGGGAGAGCUGCUCUGAGAUGAAACCCUGCGACCAGAGCAGUGGCCUCUACUGUGACCGCAGUGCAGACCCCAGCAACCAGACUGGCAUUUGCAUGGUUCUAGAAGGAGACAACUGUGUGUUCGAUGGAGUCAUUUACCGCAGCGGAGAGACGUUUGAACCCAACUGUCAAUACCACUGCACCUGCAGAGAUGGGCAAAUUGGCUGUGUGCCCCGCUGCCAACUGGAUGUACUACUGCCGGGUCCUGACUGCCCAGCUCCAAGAAAAGUGGCUGUGCCUGGAGAGUGCUGUGAAAAGUGGACCUGUGGGCCAAAUGAGCAGGCCACACUGGGAGGCCUGGCCCUUCCAGCCUACAGGCCAGAAGCCACUGUCGGAGUGGAAGUCUCUGACUCCAGUACCAACUGCAUUGAGCAGACGACAGAGUGGAGUGCAUGUUCCAAGAGCUGUGGGAUGGGCUUGUCCACCAGGGUCACCAACAGGAAUCGCCAGUGUGAGAUGGUGAAGCAAACACGUCUCUGCAUGGUCCGGCCUUGUGAACAAGAGGCCAUGGAACUGACGGACAAGAAAGGUAAAAAGUGUCUCCGCACCAAGAAGUCCGUGAAAGCCAUGCACCUACAGUUCAAGAAUUGCACUAGCCUGCAUACCCAUAAGCCCAGGUUCUGUGGGGUCUGCAGUGAUGGCCGGUGCUGUACCCCGCACAACACCAAAACCAUCCAGGUGGACUUCCAGUGUUCCCCGGGUCAAAUCAUCAAGAAACCAGUCAUGGUCAUUGGAACCUGUACCUGUCACUCCAACUGCCCUCAGAACAAUGAGGCCUUCCUCCAGGAGCUGGAGCCAAAGACCAGCAGAGGAGAAAUAUAACACUGACGGAGGCAAACGGUUGCCGCAGCAUGGCCUGCCAUCGCCUGAACAUAGG